CUCAGAGUGUGGGAAAAGUUUUUUACACAAGUGCAUUCUUUCCAUGCAUCAAAAAUCUCAUACAGGGGAGAAGCCAUUUUCUUGUUCUGAGUGUGGGAAAAGUUUUGUAAAGAAGGCCUAUCUAUGCAGACAUCAGAAAUCUCACACAGGGGAGAGGCCAUAUUCCUGUCCUGAAUGCGGGAAGAGUUUUGCCACAAAAAAAGUUUUAGAUAGGCACAAAAACUCUCACUUGGAUGAAAAGCCCUAUUCUUGUUCUGAGUGCGGAAAAAGUUUUGCAGAUCAACAACAGCUUACCGAACAUCUAAGGUGCCACACAGGGGAAAAGCCGUAUUCCUGUCCUGAGUGCGGGAAAAGUUUUUAUAGAAAAUCAGUUUUACAUAGACAUCUGAAAUCUCACACGGGCGAAAAGCUGUACUGUUGCCCAGAGUGCGGGAAAAGUUUUUCACGGAAGUCUCAUCUUUCCCGACAUCAGAAGUCUCACGCAGGGGAGAAGCCAUACUCCUGCACUGAGUGCGGGAAUUGUUUUGCCCAGAAAUCCCAUCUUGUUAUGCAUCAAAGAUCUCACACCGGGGAGAAGCCGUAUUCCUGCUUCGAGUGUAAGAAAUCUUUUUCACGGAAAUCAGAUCUGACUAUACAUCAAAGAUUUCACACAGGGGAGAAGCCGUACGCUUGCCGUGAGUGCGGGAAAUGUUUUUCACAGCAGGGCCACCUUUCACGUCACCAGAGAAUUCACACAGUGGAGAAGCCGUAUUCCUGUAAUGUGUGCGGGAAGUGUUUUUCUGAGACAUCCUCUCUUAUCAGACAUCAGAGAACCCACACAACCCCGGAGGUGGGGGAGAAGCCAUAUGCUUGCCCUGAAUGUGGGAAAUGUUUUGCAGAGAAUGCAGACCUUGUUAGACACCUAAGAUCUCACACAGGGGAGAAGCCAUUUUCCUGUCCUGAGUGUGGGAAAAGUUUUUCAGAUAAUUCCAAUUUUAAAAGACAUCAGAGGUCUCACACGGGUGAGAAGCCAUAUUCCUGUAAUGAGUGUGGAAAAGGUUUUUCACAGAAAACGAGUCUAACUCAGCAUCAACAAUUCCACAUGCAUGCAAAGCUCUUUUUCUGCCUUGUGUGUGGGAAAAGUUUUCAGUGCAAAUCAGAACUUGUUGAUCACCAAACAUCUCACACAGGGGACAAGCUGCAUGCCUGCUCUGAGUGCGGGAAAUGUGUUCAACGGAUAUAUGAACUUGUUACACAUCAAAGAUCUCACACUGGGGAGAAGCCGUAUUCCUGCUCGGAAUGCGGGAAACGUUUUUCACAGAAAUGCAAUCUUAAUGCGCAUCAAAGGUCCCACACUGGCGAAAAGCGGUAUUCCUGUUCUGUGUGUGGAAAAUGUUUUUCAUGGAAGUCCAGUCUUAAGAUACAUCAGGUAUGCCACAGGCAGGAAAAAUCGACUGUCCUGUCCUGA